CUACUUUAAGAGCACAGUGAGCAAUGGAAAGGAAAAGGUCAGAGACAUUCUGGAGGCAGACUGGGUGGUUCAGGUAUUUGCCUACUAAAGGGGAUCAUGGUGUACUCCCAGAGAAGUGAAGGCUCCAGACCAGACCUGCCUCCCCAACCUCUGGUGCUGGGCUCGGACAGAGGGUGCCAAGAGAAGGAGGGGUCCCCGGAAGGCCCCGCUCCAGCCCAUCCUCCUGGCCCCCUCCGUAGUCACGUGGCCCAGUGGGUGGGGACGGACCUGAAGUUGGAGGAAUCCGGAGCUCUCCCAACUUCGGAGCACAGAGGUACAACUCUGAGAAGCCGAGCAUGGCUCAGCUGUCAGUGAUCCCGGGAUCGGCCGCGGCGUGGACAGGGCUCCUCACUGAGGGCGGCCGCAAGGAGACAGACAUGCGGGAAGCGGCGUCCCUGCGGCAGCAGCGCCGGAUGAAGCAGGCGGUGCAGUUCAUCCACAAGGACUCCGCCGACCUGCUGCCCCUGGACGGCCUCAAAAAGCUGGGCUCGUCCAAGGACACGCAACCUCACAACAUUCUGCAGAGGCGCCUCAUGGAAACCAACCUGUCUAAGCUCCGGAGCAGUCGUGUCCCUUGGGCCUCUAAGACCAACAAAUUCAAUCAGGCUAAGUCUGAAGGACUGAAGAAAUGUGAAGACGAUGACAUGAUUUUAGUGUCUUGCCAGUGUGCUGGGAAGGACGUGAAAGCUUUGGUUGACACUGGCUGUCAAUAUAAUCUCAUUUCCUCAGCCUGUGUGGACAGACUGGGACUAAAGGACCAUGUCAAAUCUCACAAGCAUGAAGGAGAAAAGCUUUCUCUACCAAGGCAUCUCAAAGUAGUAGGCCAGAUUGAGCACCUACUGAUUACAGUAGGUUCUCUCCGUCUGGAUUGCCCAGCAGCUGUGGUUGAUGAUAAUGAAAAAAGCUUGUCGCUUGGUCUCCAGACUCUUAGAUCCCUGAAGUGUAUCAUAAACUUGGACAAGCACCGGCUGAUUGUGGGGAAAACGGACAAAGAAGAAAUCCCUUUUGUGGAGACAGUUUCUAUGAAUGAUGACAACACUUCAGAAGCAUAAUUGCAGCCUGAAGCAUGUGUGCAUGUGCACACACACCAGGUUGACAGACUGAGAAAACUGGGUUUGAACUAAAUACAGUAGCAACUUGCUAUGGACCAAGUCCUUCCCUCCAGUACACCCUGCAGGGGCUUCUUCCCACUCAGACCUUUCUAGACUAUAGUCUGUGCUUAGAGAUCUUGUCUGGUUAAUGGCUUAAUGGUUAAACAGACAUUGUUUUUUACUUCUUUGAAUAUUUAAUUUAUAGACCUUUUUUGACACUGCCAGGUCUUAUUUGUGGCCUAUUUCUCUGCUUCUUCCAAGAAUUUGCUUUUUAUUAAUCAACCCAGUGUAGGGGCUGCCAGGUUCUACUUCUCCAUAGAUAACACUUGCUUUUAUAAAAUAUUAAAAUAUAUAGUAAAUAGGAACUUCCUUUCAGCUGUUUCAAAGAGGUGUAGAAACAUGUCUUGACUUUAGAAUCUCCUCUGAAGUAAUUGAUUUUUCCAGUGUGAACUGAUCUAAAAGAUGUUUCAGGGAGAUCAUCUGGUCCAGACAUUUAAUUUAAACACACGGACAGGUAAAUGAAUUGUCUAAAUUCACAUAUUAAGUCAGUGGCAGAUGACAGCCAGAAUCCAGGCCUGAUAUCCAAACCAAGGCUGUUAUGCUGCUUCAUUUGUUUUCCAGAAUUAAGAAGAAGGCAGGAAGGUUAAAGUGCAAAAAAGGAAGGGUAAUGGAUGUGGCUCAGUGGUGGCAUGCUUGUCUAAUGUGCACAAGGUCCUGGAAAUAGAGAGAUGGCUUGCUGAUUCAGAGUGCUUGCUGCAUAACCAUGAAGACUGCCAUUUGGGUCCCAGUACCCAAACAAAAGCUGGGCACAGUCCCACAUACACCUGAGACCCCAGAAUCAACAGGAUAGCCAAUGGAACUUUCUAGCUACCAGUCUAACCAAAAGAGAGAGAGGGAGAGGCAGGAAGAGGAGGAGAAUGGAGGGGGAUGUCUCUAGAGUCCUUGCCUCAAAGAAACCAAGUGAAGUGUAGUAGAGGAAUAGAGGACAUGUUCCUCUGGCCUCUGUGAGUGUGCACAGGUGCACAGCUCCAUUCCUACAUACACUCACAAACACACCACAGGAAAAAGAUGAGAGGGGACAAAAGCAGGGUAUGAAGAUGAGACAGUCCCUCAGUGAACAAGAGAAGAAAGAAGCCACAGAUAGGAAGGGAUGUUAUUAGUUCCUGAGACACCACUGACAAUGUAGCUGUCACUGUGGGAUAUUGAUUACCCCUAAGAACCAGUCAGAAUUUCUGUGUGUCUUGUUACAUGUCACAAAGAUUCAAGUAGCUAGAAGUAGAGAUAGGGAAAGAAAAAUAAAAACCAAAGUAGGCCAGAAUAGAAGGAGGAGACUGAGUACUCUGAGUGGGAAAGCCUACCUAGGAGACUUUCCUGAGAUUGAAAUGGGGAGUGAAACCUCCAGGCAGGGAAGUCAAGACUGGCAAGCCCUUGGUACAAGGAAAGAAAAAGGUAGCUGGCAGCAUUCAGAACCAUUACCAGCUGGGUGCAGCAUAUGCCAGAAGGCAGAGGCAGAGGAGGGCAGAUAUGAGUGUGAGACCAGCCUGGUCUACAUAGUAAGUUCCAGGUUAGUCAGGGAUACAGUCUCAAAAGACAAAAAUAAAAAUAAAAAUACAAAGAAACCAGAAUAACCUUUAUAACUGCCCAGUAUUUCCUGAUCUGACCCAGCUCAGUGGCUCGGUGGUCUGGGGAAAUCAAAUCACAGGGUUGCUUUUUGUGUUUUUUUUUUUUUUUUUUUUUUUUUUUUUUUUUUGUUGCUAUUGUGUCUUCUCAGGCAAAGAGGUGCCUAUAAAGGAAUCUCCCCUUCAGUUAAGUUUUAGAAAUAUCUGACAAUUCAAAAAAGGUAGCUAACCGUAAGUAACCCUUCAAGAUAUUUCUAAGUCUACCCUUGGCUCAUAACAGUUCUCAAACUUCAAAUCCUGUCAGGUAUCACUAACUGUCUUGUCCAGUGUUCCAGCCUUCAGCCUGGCCGUGAGAGCUCCCUUGUGUGGGAGGAACAUGCCCCUUCCUGAGGCUCCCUGCACUUUCGUUCAUCACAGCACCACACCAGCUAGCUCUUCUCAUAGGACAGAGCUGGAGAUGCCACCCUUAUUUCCCUAUUUGAGAGUUCUACCUCAAGCCUUGACUCUGGGCUGCAAAGGAAGCAUGUUGCAGGCUCCUUCUAGUGUCUCUGGAUUUCCUAAGGGCCAGUAAGGCCAGGAAUUCUCAGGUUUUUUAACGAGACAUUGAUUGAUUUUGGCCUUUUUCAGUUCAGCACUGUAUGGUACCAGGAUGAAUACAAGGCCUUUAAUGUUCCUUCUUGUCUCUGAAAAUCAGUCAGCUAUUUUCUAAUUUGGGACUAGAAACCACGGGUGAACUGGACUCCAUGUCAUAGUUCACUCAGUUCAUUCACAUCAUCUGAAUCUUCUAACCAAGUUAUUUUAAUCCCUAGGCGUAAUAGAGAUGCCUAAAGUGCUUCAAGAUAAUUAUAGAAGUCUUGGGGUUUUUUAGUGCUUUUUUGUUUUGUUUAUGAGAUAGGAUCUUAUUAUGUGGGCUAGGCUGGCCUGAAACUCAAUAUGUAGAUGAGACUAGCCUCAAACUCAUGGAAAUCACCCUGCCUGUGACUUGUCAUUGAUGCUCUGCCAAGUUAACUACUUUUACAGUUUCUGUCUCCUCAGUGUUCACAAAGGGACAGUGGCUUUGCUUUUGGGGACUAGCAAAGUAAGGUCAAUGAGUUUUUCCUAGUUAGAAAUGGUAGUAUUUCUUAGGGUGUAAGGAAGUGUCUACUGCAUCAUAGCUUUGAGUCCCUGGGAAGUAGCAGCAGACCUGUCUCAUCCCUUAACAGACAGCACAUCCAGGAAGCUGAAGAUACACAUCCAGGCAUUUCUAUAUUUAAUUUGAGGAAGGGAUAUCUUCUGACUUUCCUUUUUCCUUGCUCUGCACAUAGCCCACUAGUAUGGUUUCUGUUCCCUAGUUCAGAGCAUCUGUAGACUGGAUUACCUAGCUGCCCUUACUCUUGUGUAGUAUAAUACCUUUCAGGCUGGGGACUUGGAGGAGAUGAACUGGAUUCCUCCCUCCUUCUGUUGCCAGGUCUCUCUGCAUUAGCACUUUAUCUGCUCAGUAUUUCUGGCUGUACUGGGCUUAAUUGUGACACCGAUGUAUCAAUAAAGUGGAAUUGUUCUCUGCA